UUUUUAUCAUUGCUGAUUUUAUCUAAAAAAUACAGUAGCAAAUUUUCUAUCUUAUAUAUGUUUUUAGAUAUUCUUCUGUUGAUGAAGUAUACUAUUGAGUUGUUUAAGUUAAUAAGCUAUUGUACUUGGUCUUAACUAGAAUUGAUUGAAUGGUUUUGUGACUUAUCAUCUACUUAUGCUAUGAUUUAUGUAAUUAUGGCGCGUCUUCAACAAUCGCCUAAGGAUUUUAUUUUUUUUUUUGGGUUUACUAUGAAGCGAAGAAAAACUAGAAGAGUAAUGAUGUUGAUUUUUAUUAGGAUAAUCCUCAUUUUUAGAGGAAGGCUAAGAAUUAGGAUGUCUAAGCAACCUAGUCUGCAUAAUCCUAUCUAUUUAGCACAUUUAGAUGGAAUGAUAGUGGAGAGUGAUAUUGCUUGCAUUGAGCAACUUAGGAUGGAUCGUCGCACAUUUAAUAUCUUAAUUUCAUUGGUUCGUGAAGUUGGAGGGUUAAGGGAUACUAACAACAUGGUAGUCGAAGAAAUCGUUGCUAUAUUUUUGCAUCUUUGAGGAGGAGAAUAGGGAAAUAAAUUAUGAUUUUCAACGGUCAGGAGAAACUAUAAGUAGACAUUUAAAUAAUGUGUUAAAAAUUGUGUUAAAACUUUCGAGUUUGCUCCUCAAGAAACCCCGAGAAUAGCACAUAUGAAAGAUGGAAAUGGUUCAAGGUAAACCUUGUAUUUUUUUUUAAUAGAUAGAAAGAACAUAUCGAUUUUUAACUUUUAUUAAUCACACCCUUUUUUAUAAAUUGUAUAGGUGCAAUUGAUGGGACUUUGAUUGAUGUAAAUGUGCCUGCGAUAGAUAAAUCACGUAAUAGAUCAAGAAAAAAUAUCAUUUUAACAAAUGUUCUAGGAGCUUGUGCACCGAAUAUGCAAUUUAUAUAUGUUUUGGUUGGUUGGGAAGGUUCAGCUGCCGAUGGAAGAGUACUUCGAAGUGCUUUAAAUAGGAAUAAUGGAUUAAAAGUGGCUAGAGGUCAAAAAUCAAUUUCUUAUGUGUAAAGAAUUUUUAAAGUGAGCAACAAUGACCAAUAGUCUAGCUUAACUCAUUGGUUUUUCGCUUUUUCACCUAGAUAAUUAUUAUCUAGGGGAUGCAGGAUAUAAACAUUGUGAUGGAUUCCUUUUACCUUAUAAAAGAAAAUUUUAUCAUGAAUGGAGAAGGGGGUUGGAGCAACCGCGCUCUAGGGAAGAGUUGUUCAAUACGAGGCAUACUUCAGCUAGAAAUGUGAUUGAACGAGCUUUUGGUUUGUUGAAAGUACGGUGGGAAGUUCUUGCCAAAGGAACCAAGUACCCGCUCAGCACUCAAAUAGAUAUAAUAUUGGCUUGUGUAUAUAUUCAUAACCUUAUUCGCCAACAAAUGAGCAUUGAUCCAAUGGAAACUCUUUUAGAUGCAUAUAUGGAAGAGGAAGGAGAGAAUGAUGAAAUUGAUGAUGGAGACUACAUUCAAAAUUGUGAGGCUUCUGAAGAAUGGACUAACUUUAGAAACACAUUAGCUCAAGAAAUUUUUAAUGCAUUCUUAGCCAGGAGACAUCAAUAAUGAUGUACAUUAGUUCCGAAUAAUUUCUUAUUUUACUUGGUUUUGCAAUUUUUAGUCUUUUUAUGAUUAGCUUCUAUGUUGAACUACAGACAUGAGUUGUUGUUUGUUGCAUAGUUUUCAACUACAGAAAUUAUUUUGAGCAUGAAAACCGAUAGCUGCUACUUAUUUUUUAAUUGAUAUAAAAUAGAGUUAUUAUUGUUUGAUAAUUGUUGUUUGUUGUGGAGUUGUCCCUAUCUUUAAAUUGAUUGAUUAGUUAUAAAAUAUACUUGUCUUAUAAAUAUACUUUGGUAUUGUUUGUCACCAUUGUAUAGAAGAUAUAUAUAACUAAUAUGGGUGAAGAGAUUUGUGGUCGAGGAAAAAAAUAAGAGAAUGUGGACUUCAUUAGAAGAGAAUGCUCUUGUUGACAUUAUGUUUGAGAUGCAGAACUCAAAUUGAAAGUGUGAUGCAAGCUAUAGGACGGGUUAUCAGACAUACAUUGAAAAGAAAAUGAAUGAUCGAUUUCCUUAUUGUGGAUUGAAGGGGAAGCCACAUAUUGAAUCCAAAAUUAAGAUUUUUAAGAGACAAAUGGGAUAUAUUCUUGAAACUCAGAAGCAAGUUAGUGGUUUUGGUUGGGAUGAUGCUACAAAAAUGAUAACUGGUGAGAAGGAAGUCUUCAUAGGAUGGGCUAAGCUCUGUGAGAUUUACGCCAAGGAUCGUGCUAGAGAAAGUAUGGUCAAGGGGCCUGGAGACGAUGAAGAAGGUGAUAAGAAUGAGGCUGAGAAGAAUGAUGAUGUUAUUAGCUCAACUAGGACAAUUGGGCAAUCAAGUGGCCGAGGAGAUUGUAAGAGAAGAAAGGAAAUUGAAAAUGAUGAGUUUGAUGGGUUGGCCACUGCUUUGACAACUUUAAUUGAUGUUGAAAAGGAGUCUACUUCAAUCAUGAUGGAUAUGAAGAAAUCAUUUUUACGAGAUGUGGAGAUAGGUGAGAGUAUUGAGUAAUUUGCAAGAAUUGACACCCAUAGAAGUUGUCGAUGCUACCACAAUUAUUAGCUUAGAUGACAAGAAAGUGGAGAUAUUCUACAGUGUACCAGAUGAGUCCAAAGUUAUGUUCGUCAAAUCUUUGCUCAUAUGAUAGUGUUGAUAGAUUUCAAAACUAUUAUGAUGUAGAAUGGGUUAACUUUAGGUUGUAUUUCUGUGUUGGUGAACGUAGGUGUGUUUUAAAAAAGUACGAACUUGGUAGUCACUAGAAGAAUGGACCUUUUAUCGCAAUUUUUAGGUCCAAACACUAGCUAAUUUUCUCUGUUGAAAAGCACUACUAUGGCUACUUAAUUGAAACUUAUUUGUGAUUUUCAAGUAUUUGCAAUGUAAAGAAUGCAUGAAAAAUAUUAUUAUUUGCAAUU